AUGUUCUCAAGACAGUUUAUAAGACAGGGUAUUGCACUUACGCAAAGGAAGUCGUGCAAUUACAUCGCUAUUUCACGUCGAUUCUACCAUCCAAAGGUUAUUGAUCACUAUCAAAACCCAAGAAAUGUCGGCACAAUGGAUAAGAAUCUGCCGAAUGUCGGAACGGGACUUGUUGGCGCUCCAGCUUGUGGCGAUGUGAUGAGAUUGCAGAUAAAGGUGAAUGAUGCUACUGGUGUCAUUGAAGAUGUGAAAUUUAAGACGUUUGGAUGUGGUUCUGCCAUUGCUUCUUCAUCGUUUGCAACAGAGAUGGUGAAGGGUAUGACACUUGAGGAAGCUGGUAAGAUUAAGAAUACUACUAUAGCCAAAGAGCUUUCUCUUCCACCAGUUAAACUUCAUUGCUCUAUGUUAGCUGAAGAUGCCAUUAAAAGUGCUAUUAAGGACUACAAGUCUAAGAGACAGAGCAGAAAGCCUACUCUAGGACCCGAGGCUGAAAAGUCCGACUUUAAGCCUGCUACUACCACUGCUUGA